AUGACUAGUGCCAAAACGAACUUUGGCAAGACCCCGCGGAAGAUGACACGGUGCGAUAAGCGGGCGCUUUUCGUGACGUCAUUGCUGGUCACUUCGGUCCUCCUGGGCCUCUUUAUCGUUGUCGUAGUGCGAGCACUACUCGUUCAGACAACAGAUUUCCCUUGUGCUUGGCCGGAUGAUGAACAGGUGUUGGCCAUUAAAGAUGAGGAGCGUCGUCUGUCCGACAGGCUGGCGGCAGCGUUGCGGUUUCCCACUGUCAGCACGGGUUCCCACGAGUACAACCGAGAAGCGCUAGUGGAUCUUAUCCAUUUUAUCGAGAAAGCCUUCCCGCAGAUACACUCAUCCCCCUUGGUCAAGCGCCAGGUGGUGGCCAACUACAGUCUCCUUUACGAGGUCCAGGGUUCGGAUACCGAGCUCGCGCCUUACAUGCUGUGUGCACACAUGGAUGUUGUUCCAGCAAAUGCGGCUAACUGGCACCAUCCACCAUUUGCUGGACAGGUAGUGGAUGGGGAAAUAUGGGGCAGAGGUGCCAUCGAUGCCAAGGACAUACUCAUGGGUAUCAUGGAAGCACUUGAGUAUCGUCUGGAGCAAGGGGACCUGCCUCGACGUGGUAUCUUUCUGGCUUUCGGCCACGACGAAGAAAUUACAGGUCGGGACGGUGCAGGUGCGAUUCGACGUGCGCUGCGUGCAAAAGGCGUUCAGAAGGUGGAAUUUAUAUUGGACGAGGGGAUGAUGGUCCUGGAGAAAUUUCUACCUGGAAUACAGAGGCCUGUGGCUUUGAUCGCAGUGACGGAGAAAGGCUCCAUUACAGCUAAGGUGACGGCACGAGGGAUUAGUGGCCACUCAGCGACUCCGCCUGUCAACAAUGCGAUUGUUACGCUCUCCGAGGCACUAUCCAAUUUGCAUGGUCAAUGUCAACCAGCCUACAUGAGUAGCUCAGUGGUGGCCGAGAUGCUCACUGCCCUGGCUCCAGAGGUGCCGUUCCUCUAUAGAUUAGCGUUGGCGAACAUUUGGCUUUUCGGGCCCGUCAUCACAUGGUUCCUAUCACGAGACCCACAUAUCGACCCCAUGAUCCGCACUACCACCACAGUCACUCGCAUUCAUGGAGGCAUCAAGGACAAUGUGGUUCCAGCAGAGGCCUACGCCUACGUCAACCACCGAGUGCACCCAUCGCAAUCCGUAGCUGAGGUGGUAGAACGUGACCGGCAGAUGCUGAGUGGGCUACCCAAUGUGUCGCUGGAGGUUCUCUAUGCCAUGGAGGCGCACCCAGUGUCCCCGCAUAGCCAGAACAACCUGGGCUUUCGUGCCAUAACCUGCAGCAUUCACAAGAUAUUCCCUGAAGCAAUUCCUGUACCUGCCCUGUUACUAGCUAACACCGACACGGUGUACUACCUGGACCUCAGCGACAACGUAUACCGGUUCUCACCAGUGCAUCUUACACCGCAACAGAUGUUAAGCCGUUUCCAUGGUGACAACGAGCGAAUCUCACGUCCAAACUACGAGCGACUUGUCAACUUCUAUCUUCUUGUCAUGCGUUCUGCUGACUCUGUUAGCAGAUGAUCAGAUUAAAGUUAUUAUGUGCAGUGUCUUGUGUCUCCUCCAGGGCUCGUCUGACCAAAGUGUGUCAUGUGUCCUCGCUUAAAGGGACACUAAAAGAAAAUAUU